GGCGAGCGGUUGUCUCACGGCUUUUGUUGAGCUCGGCUCGUCGACUACAACAACAGCAACAACAACAAUAAUAACGAUAAACAAGACAACAAUAAGAAUAAAGCGCGUGUGAACUAGAAGAAGAAGAAGAAGCAGCAGCUGCUGCAUUUCAAUUUUGCCAAUUGCAAACGAUUCAAUUCUACAAAUUGUUGUUACUCUUUUUUUUUUUACUGAUCUUUCGUUUCGGUUUUGUUUAAUUUUUUGUGCCGUCGGCAAACAACCAGCAAAAAAAACAAAAACAGUGCAGUGAGUGUGUGUGAGUGAAAAGAGAGACAGAGAGAGAGGGAGAGAUCUUCAAAGCAUUUGGGCAACCACAUGACCACAAUGCCACCGGAAAUGUCCACAACUACGGCCGCCGUUGGGGACACUCCGGGCAGCUUGACGCCAUCGCCAACGGCGACGCAGGCGCCGCGCUCCCGCUUCAUGAUCACCGACAUUUUGGCCGGCAGCGCUGCCGCCGCCGCCGCUGCUGCUGCCGCUGCCGCUGCCAUGGCCGCUGCUGCUUCGGCGGGACGACAAUCCGCCAGUCCGCCCGAGGAUUGUUAUGCGCCCUCGCCCACGUCUCGUGAUCCCACACAGCAUCCACAACAACAACAACAGCAGCAUCAGCAGCAGCAACAACAACAGGCACAACAACAACAAGCGGCACUUCAACAUUAUUUGGCACAGCAACAACAACUGCUUCGCUUUGAGCGUGAGCGAGAAAGAGAAAGAGAACGCGAGCGAGAGCGUGAAUAUCAUCAUGUGGCACCGUUGUUGGCGCACUUUCCGCCCGCCAGCCAUUACGCCGUGUUGCAGCAGCAACAACAGCAACAACAACAACAACAACAACCACAUCAUCUGCAACGCUUUGGGCGUCAGGCGUCGAGUCGCGACGCUUCGCCGCCGCCGCCGCCAACGUCGCUGGGGAAGGAGUUGCACGGCGCCACAGCUGCCGCUGCGUGGAGCACACAACAGCAGCAACAACAACAACAGCAGCAGCAGGCAGCUUUGAAUCCGCACACGCAUCCGUCGCAUCCGCAGCUUGGGCAUCACUCGCAGCAUCCGCAUUCGCAUCCGCAUCCACAUGUGGCGCAUCAUCAUCAGCUGCAGCUGGAGCGGGAGCGCAUCGAGGCGCUGCAUCGACAUGGUGGCAACGUGCCACUUGCUGCUGCUGCCGCCGCUGCUGCUGCGGCUGCCGCUGCAGCGGCUGCUGCUGGCCACAUGGAGGGGCACGAUGAACGAUCGCGUUCUCCCCUCGUUCUCCACUCCAUGGGCAACAGCAACAACAACAAUCUGAGUGGCAGCAACAACAACAACAACAAUAACAAUAAUGGUAGCAACAACAAUGGCAGUGCUGGAGGCAUGCUACUUGGGGGCACGGGCAGCAGCAUCAGCGGCGAUCAGGCGAGCACCAUCGAUGACAGCGACAGCGACGAUUGCGGCGGCAAGGACGACGAUGGCGAGGAUAGUUUGAAGAAUGGCAAUGGCGCCAAUGGCGAUUCGCAUUUGGGUUUGUCGCUGAGCAAGAAGCAGCGCAAGGCGCGUACCGCGUUCACCGAUCAUCAGCUGCAGACGCUGGAGAAAUCCUUUGAGCGGCAGAAAUAUUUGAGCGUUCAGGAUCGUAUGGAGUUGGCCAACAAGCUGGAGCUGAGCGAUUGCCAGGUGAAGACCUGGUAUCAGAAUCGCAGAACCAAAUGGAAGCGCCAGACAGCCGUGGGAUUGGAGCUGCUCGCCGAGGCUGGCAACUAUGCGGCGUUUCAACGUUUAUACGGCGGUGCCACGCCCUAUUUGAGUGCCUGGCCAUAUGCGGCAGCCGCUGCCGCCCAGACGCCACACGGAGCGCCUCCCUCGGCCAUUGAUAUCUACUAUAGGCAGGCGGCAGCGGCGGCUGCGCUGCAGAAGCCUGCGCUGCCCGCCAGCUACAUGUAUCCCAGUCGGAUGCCACCGGGCAUGGGGCUGCCCGGCAUGCCGCCUCCUCCGGGUGCCACGCCCAUGCUGGGUGGCUACUAUGCGCCAGCGUUGGCGCCACAGCAACAACAGCCGCAGCGCGAACGUUCGCCCGCAACCAGCCAGAGCGCCAACAGCGAGGCGGAAUACGAACGCAGCAGCAGCAGCCGGCAGCGUCUGCAGACGCCGAGUCCGCCUCUGAAUCCGGGCAGUCCGCCACCUCGCAGAGAACAGACAGCGGAGGAGACGGCGCCAACAAAAACACCAACAACAUCAGCGGGUGCCGGGGAGCAGGAGGAACGCGGCGAAUUGGGUUCGCUGCCUGCGGUCGAUGUGGACGAGGAUGAGGAUGACGAGGAGCUGGCGCUGGACGUCUAAGGCGAGCCAAGCAUGCGAGCUGGAUCUCAGACACAGGCGGAGGAAAAGUCGAGGGUAAAUGUAGGGAUGGGGUCUGGGGGAGUGGCAAGAGACAAGUGAAAUGUGGGGAGAGAACAAAAGCCAGAAGAAAAGGAAGUGUGGAAGCGUAUGAGUGCCAAGGCAGUUGUAGCUGUGGAAAUUCAAUUGGAUGGUGGAAAGGUUGCAUGGAAGUGCAGAGUGGAGCCUGGAACUGGAAGUGCAGACUGGAAACUGGAAGUUAGAACUGGAACUAAAAACACAAUUGAUAUAUUCCAGUGAUAUUCCAAUAAAAUGUGAGCGAUAUUCCAGCGACAUUCCAGCAAUAACAUUCCAGCAACAUUCCGGUGUAUAAAUUGACUUUACAACUGGAAAUAGACACGCGGAUCUUUUACUGUAAGUUCAACAGAUCCAACACAAAUGACAACUGAAUAGUGCAAUAAAAAUGCCCACUGCAAGUGCGACUGCAACAGAAUAUAUAUAUGAAAACUGGAAGUACAGGCUGGCAACUGGAAUAAAACACAAUUGAUAUAUUCCAGUGAUAUUCCAACAAAAUGCAAGGGAUAUAUUGCAGCGACAUUCCAUGAAUAUCCUGACUGCAAGGGCGACGGCAACAUAAAAGAAAUUUAUAGAUUCCACUGACAUUCCAGUUGCAUUUCCAUUAACUGGAAAUAAGCAUGCCGACUUUCUGUGAUUGAUCCUACACAAGCACAAGCUAAAUAUUCAGCUGACAUCCCAGUAUAAUUUCCAUUAACUAUACAACUGGAAAACAAACGAAGAACACUUUGGACAUCAUUGGAAUGGGAAUUUCGUCUUGAUUAUCAGCUAAAGCUUGGCAACUUUUCCACUUCCAACUCAACUUGCAACUCAUUCGAAAAUCCACGCAAAAAGUCUCCGCAAACACAAAUAUACAAAAAAAUAUGAUUAACAUUAAUAUUAAUACACUUUUUUUUUGUCUAAAUAAUACUUAUAUUUAAAACUAUUUAAAACGUAGCCUAACGCAUAAAUUUUGUAAAUUUUUGUAAAUGUUUUGUACAUAUAUAACGAAUGAAAAAAAAAAACGUGAA